AGAAUAUCUUGAGCCAAGAGGAUAGGAGAAGAUUUAGGCGUAUAUAAUCUCAUCCAGCGAUGCAAUACUCAUACUUCCUCCAGUUUAAAAGCACCAUUUCAGAUCUCUCUUUUCCCAUCAUCAACCACAAACUUAUCUUCAUUCCAACCCUCCCUCUCUGAUCUCUCUCUCAUGGGUAGCACUUACUUUGGAGAACCAAUCUUUGGAAAUGAAAAAGCAACUUCUUCUUCGUCAAGAAAAGGGAAGAAGAACAACAACUCAGACAAGCCAAAGCAACCACAGAGAGGACUUGGAGUUGCUCAAUUGGAGAAAAUCAGAUUACAUGGUCAAAUGACCUACCACCCUUCUCUGCACCCAUCUAAUUUCAACAACGAAGAUCCAAGAGUGCAAAUAGCUUAUUCAUCAGUGCCAUCAUCUUCUUCUACAUCAUCAUAUGCAGCAGCUUCCUAUGGCUUCCAACCCAACAUCAUGAUGAGCCUAUCCGAAUAUCAAAAAACAAACAUCAAAUAUGGAGAUUCUCAGCAAACUAAUAUAGCAAGAUGGGAAACUGCCAAAGUCAUCUUGGAGAGCCAGUAUUCUUCUCCAUCCAACAUAACUCGACCUUUUCUAAACCUAAAUGACUCGCAAGACAUAGAUACCAAGAAGCAUAGGAAUGGUUCUGUGAGCUCAAGCAGUCAGAACUCCGAAUCAAGUGACACUCAAGAACUAGAUUUAGAGCUCAGAUUAUCUCUUUGAUCUGCCAUUAAUAAAUGCAAUCAUAUAUUCUCAUAUGAUUAAUUGUAACGCUUUUUGUUUACAAUUUAGAAUUGCAAUAGAACAAAAGAGUGAACGAGCCAAUAUAAUUGUUUGUUUUAAAGUUUCAACUGGAGAUUAUAACCUUGUGUAAUAGAAGAUAGAUCGACUCUUUGCAUAUAUGAAUCAAUGCAAAAACUUUGUCCCUUUACAUAAAUUUUCAGAAACGAGAAGUUAUUAUAUCUACA